AGAUGUGGUGAUUCGUCUGAACCAAGUGAUGGCAGAAGGAGGAAAGAAUGACUCGCCCGGUCUGCCAAAAUUCCAGCAAAGUCCUGAGAGUGUUGACAGUCGCAGAGCUAAGGAAUCACUGCCAUUUAACACCUGGACACAGUUCAGUGGAGUGAAUCCUCCGGUGUCUCCUUCAGGUCUGUAUUCCUGGGACCAAGUUACUCUCUCACACAACCUUUUGUCCAGACCUCCUUUCAUGGGGCAUCCUCCUCCUACACAGGAUCCUUUAGUAGUUCAUGAUUACGGCAUUGAGGCUGAACCAGGUCCAGAUUAUUACUCGAAGUAUUCUGGCUUUGUGCAGGACAUUGUUCCACUGCCACCUUUUGAUGACCUAUCUUCAUCUAUUCAACAUGGCCAUUCUGAAUGCCAGCAUCAAGAUUUCAUGCACCCAACUCUACAGCCAAACUUUUCCAGGUCAUCCCCACAGGAUGGUUUUUCAGCCUCACCACAGCAAAGUUUUUCUCCAGGGACACAACCUAAUUUCUCUGGAUCACCACAUCAUGAUUUCCUGGCUUCACCACAACAUGAUUUCCUGGUUGGCCCACCUCAGUUCUCUGAAGAUUUUGUGUAUGAUAUGGCACAAAGAGAAGGCUAUGACAUGUAUGCCAAGGCUAUGAACCAGUUGAAUUCUUGUGGUAAUCAUGGUGUUUACAAUCCAUUUGGUACUGCUGAUGUGCUCAGUCAAAGUAGACAGAAAGAUUUCAGUGAUGACACUGCUGAUGGUGCUAAUGCCAAACCUACAUACUCUGAUAUAGCAAAAACUCUGAAAUCUAAGCCUAUGCAAAAGCCAAAGGAGAAAGAAGACUUCGACAAUGUGAAAAAGAAAAUGGAUAACGUUCCCAAAAAUUUCAAACCUGCUGUGAAAAAACCCUACACCCGAGCCUAUGCUGGACGUACUAGAAGCGUCUCAAGUGAUGGCAAUGUUGGUUCUGUGGUUUUGCCAGAUUCUAAAUAUGGACUUGAUCAGUUUGAGGAGAAAUCUGGAGGGAAAGGAGAAAAAUCAGGAAUAACCAGCAGCUCAGAAAAUCUGUCCUACCGAAGCAGGAAAGGUAGCACUAGUAGUGUUAGUAGUGGCACCAGUGCCACAAGUGGGAUAGAAGAAAUUCUGCUCACGAAACCACUGAAUAAUCUGAAUAGUGGGGAGGGCAUAUCAAAGUUGCUUACUGAGAAUUCCAGGAAAUCUGCUUAUUUGGGAUCAUCAACCAGCAAGACAUCCAAGGAGGAACCUGUAGCAGCAGCACCACCACCACCACGGAAAGAAAAAAAUGAGCGUCUGUUCUUUGACCCUAAGAGAAUUUUUCAAAGACGAGAAAACAAAUUAAAAGGUGACCAUAAAACUGUUCCACAUUCUCGAUCGGCUGAAACUGUGUUAAAUAAUGGAAAGCCUGCCAACUUGAAUAAGGCUUCUUCGGUUGCCUCCAAAAAGACGGAUUACAUUAACAAUGAUCUAAGAGACUCGAGGAAGAGAACUAAUCAGAGCUUUGCUAUGACUCGAGACUCCCAAACUAAGAAGGGCAAUCCAUCAGAUUUGAUCGAAAAUGGUGGCACAGAUUCGGUGCAGAGCACUAAUGGAAAAGUGAAGAAAGAAACAUCUUCAAGUUCCCAUGCUGGACUCGCUGGCAAGAAUGUUCCCUUGACAGGUCAUAUAGACUGGAAACUGAUAGAUGACUGGCUGUCCACAAUUGUUGAAAAAACAAAAGGUGCUCUUCAUGUUUUUCUGUCCUUUGUGUUUACAGUUCUUAUCUACCUGCUUGGAAUCAUUAUGUAUCUAGUCACUGGAUGUGUUCAUUAUAUAAAUGUUUUAUGUGGAAUAGUCUGGGGUUAUGCUAGAACCAAAAUUUUCAAGCAACCACCAGCAUCAGACGGACAAUCUUGGAAUAUGGAUGGAGGCAGAAAGAGACUUGGCCUGGAUGAGAAUAUUGUACUACCCAAUACAGGUGAAGAAGCUAUGCGCAGACUUCUUGCAUGCAAAGGAAAAGACUCAUACAGUAUUUUAGGUUUACGAGCUGAUGCUAGUGAUGAAGAUAUAAAAAAGUAUUACCGAAAACAAGCAGUAUUGGUACACCCAGACAAGAAUCAAGAACCUGGUGCAGAAGAAGGCUUUAAGAUUUUGGGACAUGCGUUCGAAAUGAUAGGAGAACCUGGAAAAAGGAAAAUAUAUGAUCUUCAGAUGCAAGAAGCUACUGAGGCGGAAGCGGCUAUGAGAGAAUUUGCUGAUUUAUUAUCUACACUGGAAGAAAAGAUUUCUGAGGCAAGAAAUUUGAUGCGAUGUGAUAACUGUGGAGGAAAGCACAAAAGAAUACCUAUUGACCGUGCCUGGUACAGUUGUCGUUUUUGUAGUAGAUGUAAUACCCGCCAUUCAGCAAAAGAAGGUGAUAUUUGGGCAGAGACUUCAAUGCUGGGCUUUCGGUGGCACUACUAUGCUUGUAUGGAGCAGAAUGUUUAUUGUAUAACGGAAUGGGUUGCUUGUCAUAAAGAUUUCUUUAAGUCCAUGCAGCCCAAUGCUCAUCCUGUAUUUUAUAGAAUAGCGACAGAUGGAAAUCGAACUCAUCGCAGAACUGGUGAACAUGAUAUAGAAGACUUUUUAAGUCAUUUGUUUCACAAAGCGUCAAUGCAACCCGAUGGAUCUUCACCGUGGCAACAACAGCAGCAGCAGAAAUCGGCGUCUCAGUCUCAUAGUGCUCAAUCGCCAUGGACACCUCGGACAUCCGGCCCCACUGGUAAAAAAGGAAGGAGAAAAAAAAAGCGAUCAUAGUGAAAACAAAAGACUACGGCUUUACAAACUGAGAUUUUGGUAUUAAAACGUGAUAUUUUUGGAUGUGUGGUUCGGGCUAAAAGUGAUAGAUAUUUUCAGAUGUGUGGUUUGGGCUGUUGCACACUUUAAUCCAUUAAUUAUAGCAAUAUUUUGAAAAAAAAAGUCAAAUGUAGUGCUUAUUUGUUGUUCGUGUCAUUCAUUCCCCCUUCCCUUAAUACCCCAUGUCACUCAUAUGACAAUAACAAGUAUUACAAAUUGUAAGUUGAGCUUCUUGAUUAUUAUGUCUUUCUUAAAUUGUCAUCAUCAUGUACAAAACAAUUCUCUCAGAAACAAAAAAAACUUGAUUUCAUCAUUGGUUUGAUCUUUAGUUUAUUUCCUUCAGAUAUGACAUUUGUGAUCAAACGUCCUCGAUGUUGUCAAUACAUCUGCCUUAUAUUAACUUUUCUCUCUUUUUUUUCUUUUGUAAUCUUUAGGUUAGGGUCAUGGUUUUGAACUGGGAACAUUAACCAGAUUAUCAAUAAAGUGCCAUUUAGAUUUUUCUGUGUUACUUUGUCUUCAUAUUUUAGAAAUAAACAUCAAAUAAUAUUAUCUGAAUUAUAUGUGCAUCUAUUGUGUUUUUUUUAUAAUAGUUAAGGUCACUGAUCUUAAUUUUUGAGGUGUGCAUCUGUUUCACAUACAAUGCUUUUGGAGUUACUAUAAGCACCAGAAUAAUUGGAACUGCAAUAGAAUUUGCUCAAAUGUAUAAUUUACGCAAUUCGUUUUAAUUAAUGUGUAAUUUAAUGGUGAAAAAGUUGUAAUCAUUGAACGUAUUUUACACUGCCUAAUAACAAGGGUCAGUGCCUUUGAAAGAAGUGAUUCUAAAUGAGUAGUUGCAAGACUUUAGAUAUCUCUAAUUUGAGGUAUCGUUAACAGAGUAAUGUUGUUAAAGCUGCCGUAGAGUCGUCGGUAUUGAGAAUGCAUUUAAGUUAACAUUUAACUGGUUUUGAAAUUAAAUAUUUUAUGGUCAGCAAGUUUAUACAUAAUAUUUUGUGCACAUUUAUUGCCUUGACUUUGGUGCAAUCUAAACCUGUAACAGUUUUUAUACUUUGACAAGAUGUACUCUGCUUUCUAUACUUUAACACAUAUUUUUUUAUGUGUGCUGUAAGUGUUUAAAUUUUUAACGAUCUUGAGUUAUAUUUCUGUGGCUUUGACAGUUAAUAUUAAUGCUAAUGAAAACAUGAGUUUAUUACAGCUUUGUUUUUAUUUCUGCUUUGUAUUGUUAAUUUUUUUUUUUAAAUAAUUAAAAAAACAAUAAAACAAAACAAGCACUUUCAUGUGUAGUCUAGUGUUUAAUAUUUAAAAUGGUGCAUCUUCAAUGUUCAACAUAUCCAAAAACUAUACAAAUACAAUGCUGUAUUUUUGUUGACAGAAGCCAAUGCAACAUUUAUAUUGAGGUAACAAAGUUGUGAAAGAUUGUAUCUUCAUGCUAUUUACAAUGGAACAGAUUUUGUUUGAUUGUUUGUUUUGUUAUUAUCUAGCAAUUAGAAUAUGUAUGUUAACAUGCAAAAGAACUACCUCAUGUUACCUUUGUAAAGUAAAUGUAAACUGAAUUAUAAAAAUGUAAUUUAUCCAAUGAACACUGCACCUUGCAAGGGCUGUAUCAUCUGCUAAUUUGUUUGUUUUGUUUUUUAAUGAUGCCACUAGAGCACCUUGAUUAAUUAAUCAUCGGCUAUUGGAUGUCAAACGUUUGGUAUUUCUGACUCAGUCAUCAGAGGAAACCUGCUACAUUUUUCGAUUAGUAGCAAGUAUCAACUAAGGUGGGGUUCUAUUCUACUAUGCAAGCACUCAACCCACUAAAUCCCAUUCCCAUCCGAUCGAAGUAACAAAAUACACUUUACAAGAACGGAAAGUAAAAAAAUCAAAAUUUUAGAUAAAAAUAAAUUUGCAGUUCAAGCAUUGCCUGAUGUAAUUUGUGUUCUAGGAUUCCACGAUUCAAAACUGGUUUCAUUUUGAUAUUAUACCCGAUUGUUGUACUUUAUAGCUGACAUACUUCACAUGCAGUAUGCAUUUAACACUGCAUUUGUUCAUCAAUUAUUUCGAGUCAUAUUUAUAUGCAUUUCUUCUUCUUCAUAGGUGACUGGUUCAGUUUCUUUUUCUUUCACCUUUCACCCCUAAAAGAUAUGUAGCUUAAUUUAAAUGUAACUGUAUUUUUCUGUUGCUAAAGGUAACCAUUUGUUAUUUUCUAUCUUUAUUUGGGGAUAGGUCUGGAUUAGUAUUUAUUUUAUAAAAGUAUGUGUACUGUCUUUCACAAUCAACUGAUUUAAUUAAACCUUUUCAUUCAGAAUUGUAUGAAUUCAUGCAUGUACUUAUCUUGAAACAGGCUUUUGUCAUCAUUCCACUCUUAAUAAUUUGCAGUUUAUAUUUCUGAAAUAUUCUAAAUUUAAAACAAAAUAGCAUUACAUUUAACUUCGCAGAAUUUUUUUUUUGUAAUAUGUGCAUUAUAAACUAAUUUUAGGCAUAUUAUUGCUGUCAUUUUGCUCAAUUUUGUUAUAGAGAUAAUUGCAUAAAUUGUUUGGUUGAACAUCUCAAAAUGUUCUGCUCCAGUGAUUGUUGCCUUAUUUGUUGAAUGAUGAAAUUCAGGUGCAUAUAACCAAUCCUGGCAAUUAACCGCAGCAGUCAGCAAUGCAUGGAGAUUGCUGUGGUGUUUUCAGUUUUCCAUGGUGGUUUUUUUUUUUGUGACUUCAGAAAUGCUGUGUAAAGUAUUUUUUCUACAGCAUGUUUUUUAUUGUGGCCAUUUUAUUAAUUGCCAGGUUUGUAAAUCAUAUAUAGUCCAUUUGUAGUACAGCUUUUCAAAGUCCGACACUGCUGAAUAUUUUAUAGAUGUUCGUGGUAAAUUGAUAGUGAUCUGUUAACAUUCCAUGAUUUUUAUCGGGUACAAAAAAAUUCUUACAUAAUAUGUUACUUUUAUAUAUUAUGUUAAAACAAACCUCAGAUAAAAUUGCUUUAAAAAUUAUUACAUAAUAUGUUACUUUUAUAUAUUAUGUUAAAACAGACCUCUGAUAAUAUUGCUUUAAAAAACCCCGUUAAAAAAAUCUUCAAAAAAAUAUAAAAAGUAAUUUGUUAUUGAUAUACUACUUUGGAAAUUGUUUUUAAACAUUAAAUGGUGCUGCUGUUUUUCAGAUGGGCUAUUAAUUUUUCAUAUCACUAAAAGUAUCAUUUAAGUAGCACUGUAUGUUAUGCAGCUUAUUAAGUAACAAGAAGUAAAUGUACAUGGUUUAGUUUGAAUUGAUAAAUAUUUUUUUGAACAGUGUAGAAUAAAUAAAAGUUGGAGUUGUACGUUUUAAUAAAAAGUAAGAUACAAGUUGAAGGUCACUAUAAAGGUAAUUGCCAAAACAUGAUUUUGAUAUCAUUUUUGCAAAGAAUUGUAAUUACACAGUAACAAUAUCUCAUGCAAGCAUCUUGAGGGAAAUAGUGUGCUUUAUAGGGAUCCAUUUUCUGGUGUUUUGGUGCCAUGAUACAUUGUUUGCAGUACACAUAAUCCAUUUCUUUUCUGUUUUUUAAGGAGAUAAAGGAUAUAUUAAUGUUUGCCUGACUGGUAGGUGGUGUGUAUCCCAUAUAGCUCAUAAUAUAUACUUCAGUGUAACAAUUACAUGAAAUUGCUGGUCUGUUUUUUAGUUUUGUAUAACUAAUCCACUUUUAUAGAACAAAACUGAUCAGGCAUUGCAAAUUGCAUUGCAAAUUGACUGGAUAUGUAAAAUUACUUUGUAAAAAAGAAACAUUGUUUUCGUUUGUAAUUCAGAUUGGUUAUGGUUAAAGUUUUGCACACCAAAUCACACCAGAACACAUUAAUUUUUAAACCUUUAAACAAGUGGUGUCAGUUGUUAAAAUUAAUUGGUAGUUUGAGUAAAUGAAGCAUCACUAUGCACAGACUGAGACAACUUUUUUUUCUUCUCUUUUGCACAACACGAUGCCUUAAAAAAGUUAAAUGUAAUAAUGUGUGUCCAUGUUGUGAUUGUUGCUGUGUUGUUUUUUAUGUUCUAAUAUAAACUAAAUUCUGUAAUUAUAUUACUUUUAAGGUAAAAUUAUAAAAAUAAAUAUUUUAGUUAUUUUCUAAUACAUCUAAAUUCUUUGAUUAUAUUACUCAUAAGGUAAAAUUAUAGAAAUAAAUAUUUUAAUUUCUUAGAACUGAAAAGUUAAUGUGUUGAUAUUUGCUCAUGAAUAUUAGUACAUACAGCAGAUUUAUUAGAGUACUUCAAAAGUGCCUUCAGAAAAGUCAUCUGAUAUGGCUGAAAAUACUUUUAAACAUAAUUAAUAUACUAAUAUUUACAAUCUUGGGAGCUAGUUGUAAUAUUUUUGUUAUGUACAUUCAAUGCUAUACACAUCAAAACACACACACACGCCAACACCACUGAUUGUCUUUAAAUGUUUAACUGUAGAGGGUAAUGCUUAUCUUUGUUUAGCACUGUUGUAAAUACUUUUAAACAUAAUUAAUAUACUAAUAUUUACAAUCUUGGGAGCUAGUUGUAAUAUUUUUUUUAUGUACAUUCAAUGCUAUACACAUCAAAACACACACACACGCCAACACCACUGAUUGUCUUUAAAUGUUUAACUGUAGAGGGUAAUGCUUAUCUUUGUUUAGCACUGUUGUAAUAAUGUUAUAUUCAUCUUGCCAAAUUUUCUUUCAUCUCAUGUCUCUUAAUGAAUGUUUUAUAAUUGUUGACCAUGUUGUCUUUUGUAUCUUUUGUAUAUUAUAUAAUACUUAUAAUUCAUGUAAUCUGCCUUGAUGACUGAAUGAUUUCUAGAGGGGAUGAUUUUCCAUGAUAAAGAAAAAUGGGUGAAACAGCCCAAUUUUCGCCUUC